AUGGCCGCGCCCUUGGAGGUUGCAGAAGGGCGCGAGCAGGGGCGGGCCAGCGGAGCCCCAGAACACUUCGCUUUCUGGAUCUUCUUCCACCAAACCGCUGAGUACGAACUUUGUCCUCCCCGUUGCGCCUCUCCAGAGAGGGCUGAGGAGUGUCCUGGUUCUUAUCUUCACCUUGAAAAGAAAAGAAAGGGACUUGUCUUUGAUCUCAGGCAUUUAGAGGUAAACCUUCCUGGGAUGCAAUUGAGGAUGGCCCAACCCAAGCUAUUAUUCUUCUUGCUCCUUUGUCUCUUGAAUAUGACUUAUGCAGACCUUAGCUCAGGAGAGCCCAAGGUGACAAGAGCAGUGAAGGAAGCUGUUACCCUUUCUUGUGACUAUGAGAUUCCUGAGAAGGAUAGACCAUAUUAUCGAGUCUACUGGCAACAUACUAAGAAAGUGGUACAAGCCUAUGUACCUGGGAAAAGGGAUAAAGAUCAUUUCAUAUACCCUUCAUAUGUGAACAGGACUGUGAUGGAGAUGUCCAAUAACCUCUCUGUCAUGAUCCUUUCUCUGCAAGUGCCCGAUGAGGGCAUCUAUGAGUGUAUAGUUCAGAAGCUGAUAGGAGGACAGUACAAGCGUGUCCACAAACAGGAGGUGCAACUGUCCAUUAGAGUUGACUUCCCAGAACCUAAUAUCCAGGUGCAUCAAAUAUCACCUUCUGGUUACUGGAGGAUGACUUGUUCAUCUAAGCAAGGUUAUCCACAGCCCAAGCUCUCCUGGGUGAAUAAUGGGAAAGUACUAACUUCCUUCAAUACCAGCAUUUUCCAAGAUCCAGUCACUAAGCUGUACGAUAUUGAAAGUGAACUCCAUAUCAAUGAAACCAACAAUUCCCUUUAUAUCUGCUCAAUCCAUUAUGGGGAUUCUCAUGUGUCAACAAAUGCCACCUUACCAAAAGGACAAGACUCUUGGAGCCAAGCAUCCAUCAUUGCCCCAACUCUGACAAGCAUCAUCAUUUUCUUAAUAGCCAUGCUGCUUCUAGUAUACAAAUGUUUUUGUAAACAUUCAGGAGGUGGCCUCUAUUCUGUCCCACAAGAGCUCACUGCAGUAACCACAACAGAAGAGGGAAAUGACAUGCAGUCUCCAGUAGCCCAUGUUAAUUCAGCUACAACAUCAUCUGGCAGGGCAGCCAGUGUGUGA